UCCGAUCUACAGCGUUGAGCGCGAAGCACGCACGCGCACAGAACGCGCACACACGUCGCAGUGAAAGUCGCGCGCGCACAAGUUCCGCUAACAUUUGGUGCGUCGACGUCUUCGUCUAGUUAUUCUGUUUGUUCGUUGCGCCAGUGCAACGGGGAAAGGAGGUCGCUGCUGGCCCACAGCCUGUAAGAAUAACGCGAUCUGGUUGAACGAAAUAACGAAAAACGAGGACCUUAGGUACCUACUGUUUGUGGUCUCAGUUUUCGGAUUAAAUUCGAAAAUGAAGGAGCCGUGAUUGUUGUGUUGGAAGUGUGACAAAAAGUGAAGUGCUGAGCAGUUAUUGAGUGGAAAGUGCGUUCGUGACAAUGAGCGUUGAGCCGACGUUGACGGAGUCACCGGUGCCGCUGGCACUAGCGCGGCUGCAAGGCCGGCCCGGCCGAUACCCGCGCGGCAACCGCGCGCAUCGCCCCAGUCUGCAGCUCGCAAGUUUGCAAGAGGCUGCCGACGAGACUCCGCGACGAUACAGCGACGAAGCAUACGCUCCAGACACUGAUGAUGAUGAAACAUUCACCAACGAGACUCUCCUGGAAUCUCCACCGCUGUCUACUUCAAACGGCCGUCGAGCAUCUGAAGCUACGUUUUCAGAACGAUACAGACAGUUAACCGAUUUUGAUGGACCUCCGCCUGAGGUGCCUAGGCGAGCGUCCUUGGCUGUGCCGGUCGCCGUAGAAGGGUACGGCGCGGUUGACAAAGGUCGCAGACGGUCGUGGGCAGCCCGAUUGCAGCUCGAGCGAAAGAAAAGACGGAAGUCUGGAGGGAACGACACCGACGAGGAGAGCGACACGCCCACCUACGUCCGACAAAAGCGACCCUCCUGGUGGAAUGUUUUUGUUCCGGAUAACAUGCUGAAACACAGGUCUAGGCGCGCUUCGCAGCAGCUUUCGAGGAGCGCCGAGAGCAUCGAUCAGUCAUACAAGAGGUCUAAGAGUCGGUCAGUGGACCAUGGGUUCUCACCGCCCUUCGACUUGGAGUCUCUGCGUUCGAAGGUCGAGGGCAGAUUUGACGCCGUACAUAGAGACGAAGACGAACAUGCGAAGAGACUGCCACCGCCGCCCCCCAUCAAAACUAUGACGUAUACGGUGCGUGACCGCGACACCCUGACGUCACUGGCGGCGAGGUUCGACACAACACCUUCUGAACUAACCAAGUUGAACAGACUCGCCACGCAGUUCAUCUUUCCCGGACAGACACUGUUAGUGCCGGACAAACGGAAAGAUGGCGACAAGGAUUCAGAUGGCCCGUCGGAGAGCGGAGACAACACAUCUGAGUCAACACAAGGUGCUCCCAGCGAACCGCCGCAGGAAAAAGAAAUCUUGGACAGCUUGCGGCCGGUGUCUCCCGAAGCGCCAGCCAGCAGCAGCGCGCCUCAGCGGUUCCUCAAGAUCAACGUGCGGCACAUCACCGAUGGACAGGGCGUGGUGUCCGGAGUGCUGCUGGUGACUCCGAACGCGGUGAUGUUCGACCCGAACGUGUCGGACACGCUGGUGAUGGAGCACGGGCCCGAGUCGUACGGCGUCAUCGCGCCCAUGGAGUACGUCGUCAACGCCGCCAUCUUCUACGACAUCGCGCACAUGCGCACGCAUGGACCGGACAACAAUACGCACAAAGCCGAGCAGGCUGAAAUAUACUACAUGAAUAAAUCGGAGCAUUCACCCGGAAAGGACUCCCUUCUAGUCAAAGACGAGACAUUCCCUGAGCUGCAGGCGGCGAGCGGCGAGGAGGGCGGCGGCGCGGACGAGCGGCCCGGCUCGGGCGACGCCGACGACCGCGGCGGCGCCGCCUUCCCCAAGGCCUUCGAGCGGGAGCUCGUCACUCCCACCGCUCUGCAGCAACAGACAACAGAAGAGAGGCGUAAAUCUUUGCUCGAUCAUCACUGGGCCAUACCAAGCAAGGAUAGAAUGUCCAUCGAUCAGGGCAGUGAGGUGUCCUCGAGCGCGUCGCAGUGCAAGGAGGAGAGCCUGGACGUGGCGCCGUCGCUGGGCUCGGAGGGCGGCGAGCCCGACAGCGACGCGCGCGACGAGCCCGCCGAGCCCGCCGAGCCCUCCGACGACGCGCGCCACCUCGUCAAGCUCUCCUACCACGACUCCGGCAUCGACAUCCGCGACCCGCUGCUGCACGUCACACCCAACAACAAAAAGGGUCACCACCACGUUCACCAUUUUCUCGAUCAUGAUGAUUACCAUCCUGAUAUAGAGACUAUAUACGAAGCGGCCGAGACAGAUGUUUCCAUGUACGACAACUGGCAUUGCGAUAAGGCCUAUGAGACGAACUUUUUGAAAUAUUUCGUUACUUUGCAUCCCAAUGUUAAUAGGAUGUCGAUGUCUUCGAACGACGAGGUGUACAGCGACGCGGACAUCGUGCUGUCGGCGGAGUGGGUGCCGCCGGUGUGCCUGCCGCGCGCGGAGCCGCCGCUGUCGGCGCCGCCGCUGGGCGCCGCGGCCGCGCGCGCUGCCGACCGCGCGCCGCGCAAGUCCACCGUCUCCUUCUCGCUCGACGGCUCCGCGCCCGCCGCGCACGCCGCGCACGCCGCCAAAGAUGACGCUUCCAAACCGGACAAAAAGAAUAAGAUGCUGAAGAGGUUGUCGUACCCGCUGUCGUGGGUGGAGGGUCUGACGGGCGAGGCGGCGGGCGGCGCGCCCGCGUCGCAGGCGGACUCGCUGCCCACCUCCGCCGACAGCCACAACACUAGCGUCUUCUCCAAGGUGUUCAACAGACGCAGUUCUCUGGGUGGUUUCGGCCGCUCGCACACCAAGUCCGCGUCGAGCGCGACGCAGCCGCGGCUUGAUUACCGCAGCAUGGUCUCCGUGGACGAUAUGCCAGAUCUCUUCGCUUCUUUCGACAAGCUGAUCCCGCGGCCGGCGCGGCCGAGCGAUGACCCGCCGCUGUACCUGCGGCUGCGCAUGGGCAAGCCGGCCGGCCGCCCGCUGCCGCGCACCACGCCGCUCAUGUCCUACGGACGCAAGCGCAUGAAGCCCGAGUACUGGUUUGGAGUACCUAGAAACAGGGUGGACGACCUGUUCAAGUUCCUGACGCACUGGGUGCCGGACCGGUACGGGCCGCUCGGCGACGUGGCCGCGCAGGGAUACGAGCUCAUCGACAGCGACACCGAGUGGGACGACGACGACGCCAAGCCCGGGCACAAGGACGAGCGCACCGGCAGCACCGGCGACGUGUCCGACAUCACGCGCGAGUCUUGGGAGCUGCUGAAGGCACCGUACGUGAAAAUAUAUUCUAUAAUGAAGAGCCAGGCCGAGGCGCUGGGCGACUCGCUCGGCGAGGAGCCGCAGCAGGAGGUUCUGUCGAUGAGCGAUGAACUCCGACGGGCGCUGUACUCGUCGGGCGCCUCCGUCGACAUGGAGUUCUCGCCGCCUGACCUCAUCGGCACCUCGGAGAUAUUCACCAUGGAACACAGGGAGAAGCUGUGCAGCGUGCUGCCGGCGCGCGCGCAGGGCUACAUGUGGUCGCUCGCGUUCAGCACCAGCCAGCACGGGUUCUCGCUCGCCUCCAUGUACCGCAAGAUGCAGCGCGUCGACAGCCCCGUGCUGCUCGUCAUACAGGACACCGAUAACAACGUGUUCGGGGCGCUGACAUCGUGCGCCCUGCAUCCUUCGGAGCAUUUCUACGGCACGGGCGAGUCGUUCCUGUUCGCGUUCCAGCGCGCGCCGGACGACGCGCCGCGACCCGCGCCCGCCGCGCAACUCCACUCCGCCGACAGCAACAAGAUCGUCAAGGAUGAUAAGAAGGAAGAGAAGGAAGAUCAAGCAGCUCCAGUGAAAACAAAGUUCAAAUACUGGGGCUGGACUGGCGACAACAUGUACUUUAUUCGUGGAAGCAACGACAACAUAUCUAUUGGGGCCGGAGACGGCAAAUUCGGAAUAUGGCUCGACGGCGAUUUAUACCUAGGGCGCACACAGCGGUGCAAGACAUACGGCAACGAGAUGCUGACGACACGGGAAGACUUCAUCGUCAAGAUCAUGGAGUGUUGGACCUUCAUCUGAGCGGUGCGCAAAUGAUGCCCUGAUCUAUCGUUGUACACCGCAGCAUCGCUUGCGCCUGCGAAGGCUAAGCGCUCCUCGUUCUAUUUUCAAUAAAAGCUUUAGAUUAUCUUAUGAAAUUUGCUUCGAAGAUUUGACACCUUUACAAGUCUGUCUAUUGGACUUUAGUACGGUUGAGUCUUAAAGAUUUUGUAUUCGCACUGCGGCUCACGACCUUUCGGCACGAUCAGUACCGAUCUGCCGACAAAGACAAUAUCUUGAAACGUCUACGCGCAUUUCUAGUCAAAUAUAUUGAAACUUGACCAAGGUUUUCAUCCUCCUCGGAACAUAUAGAGGCAUGUUCGGAUACUAGUGCCGCGGCUCACGCGGGCGCCGCCCGCCACUCUCCAGGGAGCGAGUGCAUUAAUCCUAGUCAAUUGUCAUUCGUAAGUAGGUUGAAACUUUAUGAAGUUGGAAAGAGGUCACGUCGGUGAGCUCUAGGGUAAAUAAAGCAUAGGUCGCAUUGCGGCGCGGUCGGGAGUGCCGGCGCUCGAGUCGCGACAGCCGACUCCCGCCACCGGACACUCCGCCGGACCGAAAUGAUUACGUGUCAAUUCAUACAAUUAUAAUGUGCAUUGUUGUUAAGAAAAUUAAAAGCAUACAUAUUUGUAACAAAAAAAAAUCAUUGUAUAAUGUUACGUAGAACUUUACACAUAUUUAACGAAUCAAUGUUAUUGUUUAGACGCAGACUUAUCAGUCAGUAUUGAUCGUAGAUGUAUUCCUAUUGAUUUCGCCUCCAUGCAUCGUACGGCGCAGGGUUGCUUGUUCGUGGCUGCGAGCGGUAUUCGUCGAGCCCCGACAGCCUCGUGCGCUUAUUGAAUAUACUAUAUAAAAAAUACUAAUGUGUUUCAGCGACAUUAUCAUUAUAAAUUAAUAUUACUAUUUAUGUUUCGUGUAGUAGAUUUUAUAUGUUAUGUUGUAGUGUUUGGAUGUACUGAGUCAUAAUAUUAAGUUAGUGAACGUAAUUAUGUUACACUUUCACUGUGAUUUGAUUAACUAUGGUUGCAUUUUGUUAAUGAUUGAGGCGUUAUUUCACUCAUCGCGAUAUACAUCGAGUUAAUGUUACAAUAUCAUAUCUUAGUUCCUCCGUAUUUCCUCACGUGCAUAAUGUAAAAGAAUAUAAACCAUAGAUUAAAUACAUAAAUUAUUCAGAGAAGACAGAUUGUUUGGUGACGUAACGCUUCACUACAGAAAUGAGUAGCCAAUAUAUAAUAUUAACUAAAUAGUAAAUAAAAUCUUAAAUACUAGUAAUGUUAGAGUGCUUGAUGAAUGUAAUCGUCAUUGUGCUUAGUAAUCGUUAGCAUGUUACUCAGACGUAUUCGUUGAUAUAAUAUUUAUUUACCAGUUGUAAGAGCACCAUAAGUCGCAAGCUAUCAGCGUCACUGUAGCUAACCGUUAUGGCCAGUAUGUGGCGUACACUUACUUUGUGUGUAUUUACAGCUGCAAAGUAAUAUAUUUUUCUUGGAAGUGCACGCGUAACCACUUUAUUGUUAUAAUGGCAGUAGAUAAAAUGUAAACAAUGAAAAAAAUAACUAUAUAAUGUGCGCCGUUUACGCGUGCGUUUAAAUACAGUAUAUUUUGAUGUUAUUAUUUGUGUACAUCAGGUGUGUCAUAGAUGAAAUUAGGUUAAAAAUUAUAUUGGCAUAAUUAUUAUUGUUAUAAAUUUAUAAUCAUUAGACUUGUUGAGUAGCAGUGGAAAAUUUAAUAUUUAUUUAUUAUGUUAAAUAUUUAUGGUUUUCAUCUUGCGAUUGCUGUAGCCGCAUUACUUUAUUGGUGAUUUAUUAUGUAAUUCUAAGUUGUUAAAGUGUAAAUCAAGCCAUAAUAAUUGAAAAUAUAUUCUUUGGAGAAAGUAA